AUGAGGAGGAUGGCAAUUAAAAGGCUUUGGCCAUUCAUUUUCAGUGCAAUUCUGGCGACUGCUCAUGGCCUCACUGUGGAAACACCUGCCAAGGACAUGAAGGUGGCCCGAGGGAACAACGUUACUCUCCAGUGUCUUUUUAAAACACAGAAACAAGUUCACUCAGGAGACUUUGUUGUCUGGAGGAAAACUAACAGUCCGAUUGAUGCUGUCACUAGGUAUUUCGAUGGCACUGUGCAGUAUGGCGAGGGCUAUGAAAACCGCAUACAGUUCACUGGUGACAUAACCGAAGGGAACGUCAGCAUCACCAUCACUGCAGUGACCAUGGAGGACAAUGGCACGUAUGUAUGCAGCGUUCGGCUAAAGGAUGAUCCUCCCAGGCAGGCUGCAACCUUGACUCUUGUGGUCCUUGUUGCACCAUCCAAGCCAGAAUGCAAGAUUCUGGGGACAGCAGAAUAUGGACAGACAAUCAACCUGACCUGCAUUUCUCACGAGGGCUCCCCAAAGCCCAGAUACACCUGGCAAAGCUUCAACGUUCGGAAUGAGCCCCGUGCGCUGCAAACAACAGAAGGGGAGCAAAUAACUCUGAAGAACAUCUCAGCAGAUACCUCUGGCUUUUACAUCUGCACUUCAACAAACAUCGUGGGAACAGCAUUUUGCAACAUGACAGUCAGCGUCGUGCCGCCAUCCAUGAACAUAGCUCUCUACGCUGGCAUCAUCGGCGGAGCUGUCGCUGCAAUUGUAGUGAUUGGUAUUGUAGCCUACUGCUGCUGCUGCAGAGAGGACAAGGACGAGGGCUAUGAGAUGACGGAGCAAGAAGGCAGAAAUGAACCCAAGGAGGAGACACGCACACACAAUCGGAGUGCAGAGGAUGAGGAUGAGGAUGAAUGA